GUCCCACCGCGGCCCCCGGUGGAGAGGUGGGGAAGCGGGAGGAGGGGCACACAGGGCUCAGGCCCAGCGCCGGGGGCGGGUCCGAGGCUGGGGGCCCGGAUCAGGAGCCGAGCGCUGGAGCCCAGGAGGCUGCGGAGACUAAAGCGCCGAGCGCAACUGACAGCAGGACCUUCACAGCCCGGCCGGCCAUGAACUCAGGACGCGAGCAACGGACCCCCCGGACACCCUUCAGCAUCGCAGACAUCCUAGGCCCGCGCAUGGUCCCCCGAGCAUCCUCUGACCCGCAGCUUCCAGAGUCGGGUCCCAGUCCCUCUUCGCCGCUGUGCGCACUGGAGGAGCUAACCAGUAAAACUUUCCACGGACUUGACGGGCGCGCUCCGCAGCCCUCCGAAGGCCGCGCAGGCCCCGAAGCGCUGGGCCCUGGCCCUGCCAGCCGCAAACGCCGCAAGUCCCGCACAGCGUUCACUACGCAGCAGGUGCUGGAGCUUGAGCGGCGCUUCGUCUUCCAGAAGUACCUGGCGCCAUCCGAACGGGACGGGCUGGCUACGCAACUCGGACUGGCCAACGCGCAGGUCGUCACUUGGUUCCAGAACCGGCGCGCCAAAUUCAAGCGCGACGUGGAGGAGAUGCGCGCCGACAUCGCCUCGCUACGAGCGAUGUCCCCCGGAGUUCUGUGCAGCCUGGGACUGCCCAAUGGCACUCCAGGCGUAGGCCUGGGUCCCAGUCCCCGUGGGCCUGACUCCGGGGUCCACCUGUCAGACGAAGAGAUACAGGUGGAUGAUUGAAAACUAAGCCGCCGCAAACCCUGAGCUCUGGGACCCCAGGCUCCUCACCUCCGUGCUCUG